AGUAAAUAAAAUAUUUGUUCUCCAACUUUAAUACAAAUCUGCAGUGUGUAAUGUAUGUCUCUGUGUAUAAGAGAGUAGAUAGAGAGAGACUGUCUGAAAACAGACUCAGUUGGCGUGACUGAGUGACUGAGUUUUGGUUUAAAGUUAAACCACUCGAAAAAUGGGAAUAUGUAGAGAUAUGAUUCCUUUGAAGUCUUUCUUGCCAAGUUUUUGAGUUUGAUUCUCAUAGUUCAACACCACUUGAAACACAUUUUCUUUAGCUAUUCAUUUUCAGCUCUAUUUGUGUUUUAGCAUAUCAAGAACUGAACUUCUUUUAAGCCGGAGUUUUGGAACUCCACCGGAAAAUUUCUUAGCCUGACUAAGUAGCUUGGAGAUGGAGAAAAAGAGAUGCAGUCCCCAACUCGCCGGAAAACUUUCAGGUUUGGUUUUUCUGUUGAGCUUUUGCUUUCACUUGUUAAUAAUAGAAUGCCACCAAGAAAGCAGUAGAACCAGAAUGACAAGGUACCUCUCUACUGAUCAACCCCCGUCACCUUCUAGGCCAUCUCAGUUCGAUAGCCAACUGAAAAAAAUCCUACUCAGUGUCAUUUUAGGAAUCCUAACUGGAUUAUCAGGAGCCCUUCUUUGUGCUUAUGUGGUCCGUUGCUUAUUCCGUUACAUGAACAGAACGCCAGUCCUCAAAGGCCCUGUUACAUUCUCCCCAAAAAUUGCUCCCAAAACUCUCCAAUCAGCUCUUGCUACUGAGAAUCACUUGCUGGGUUCGAGCUCAAACGGGAAGUACUACAGAACUGUUUUAGACAAUGGGCUCACAAUUGCUGUCAAGAGGCUCGAGCCGUUUGAGAGUGGCUCGCCGGAGAGGCAGAACAAGUCUGUCAAGAGAAGAAUUCAGCAGGAGCUUGAAAGAUUAGCCAGCCUGAGGCAUAGGAAUUUGAUGAGUUUGAGGGCUUAUGUUAGGGAGUCUGAUAGGUUCUCUUUGGUCUAUGAUUAUGUUCCAAGUGGGAGUCUAGAAGAUGCAAUGGCUAGGGUAAGGGAGAAUCAGUUGGAAGUCAGUUGGGAAGUUCGGCUUCGGAUUGCUGUUGGGAUCGUUAAGGGGCUUAGAUAUCUUCACUUUGAAUGUGUUCCUCAGAUUUUGCAUUACAAUUUGAAGCCUACAAAUGUGAUGUUGGAUGCUGAGUUUGAACCGAGGUUAGGUGAUUGUGGAUUGGCUAAGCUCAUGCCGAAUUUGGAUAGAGCUACUUCUGGUUACACUGCUCCCGAGUGUUUUCAGAAUUGCAGGUAUACUGAUAAGAGUGAUAUCUUUAGCUUUGGGAUGAUUUUGGGUGUUCUGUUAACCGGAAGGGACCCGACUGAUCCAUUUUUUGGAGAAGCAGCCAAUGGAGGAAGUUUAGGUCGUUGGCUCGGGCAUUUGCAGCAAGCUGGGGAGGCAAUGGAAGCACUAGAUAAGAGUAUUCUUGGGGAAGAAGGUGAGGAAGAUGAGAUGCUGAUGGCAGUCAGAAUUUCUGUUGUUUGCCUAUCAGAUUUGCCUGCAGAUAGGCCUUCCAGUGAUGAACUUGUUCUCAUGCUAUCCCAAUUGCACAGUUUUUAACAGAAAUGUAAGUUUAUCUGCAAAUUUUGGGAAUUGCAUUUUUGCUCUGAGCUUUGGUUUGCAAUUGUUGUGGUGUUCUCUUAACUUAUUUGCAAUUGCAACUUGUGGGAGGCCAAGGUAGGGGUGUAACCGAGUCUAGUUAACUCACGGGCAACUCAGAAUUGAUUAAAAAUGUACUCAAUAUUGAUGGAGUUUUAAUUCGAGUUCAAGCAACCUGAGUUGAUUGCUGAAUCGAUUUCAAAUUUUCAAGCAUCAAGAUGCUCGACUCGAUUACACCCCUAGGCCAAGGCAUGGGUGCAUAUAAUUGCAGCCUAUUUAGUUUUCGAACAGUUGAAUUUUUUUACCCUUGUAAUUUAGUAUACAAUGUUUGAAAACAUGACUUGUAACUAAUGCUGUAGUCAAAAGGGAUUACUAACGCCAAAUAAGAAACAGUUUUACUGAUGA